GGCCCCGUCAAUUACCACUACCCUAAUUGAUCAAGAUCGCCCGCCCUCUUUUCCUUCUCUGCUCUCGACCCUCAUCUUCUGCUUCUCCAGGCUGGUCGGGCAGAUAUCAUCAUCAUCCAUACGACGUUCUGCAUCGUCAUCAGCGGCUUUGCUAAAUUAUUGCCUUUGCAGCGCGCUUGACACGCUGAUACUGUCUUUACUCACUACAUGUCCAAUGUGCGAUUCUCGCAGCCGCCCGUCAACGAAUGCCAUGACUAUGAGCCCCUCGCGCCACCCUCGCCUCCUGAGUCGAGCGUGAACACGCUAUCCUACCCGCUCCUGCCCUCGCACGUACGCGAGCAGCGCGAGUCCCGCCCCCGUUCUUGGAGCGGCCAAUCCGAGAGCCAGCAGCCGGUGAACCAUGAGCCGAAGCUACGCGACGACGGAGAGUAUGAUCCCGAGCGGGGGCCCCCGCCGAUGCAUCACCGCAACGAGACAGUGGACAGCGGGUUCAGCAGUGGGAGGAGGAGCAGCAGCUGGGACUGGCUUGGCGGGAUAAGAAGGCUCGAGCACUCGGUUAACGAUUUUGACACCCGCCGCGCCAGCCAGGCGCAUUUGGCGUUCGCGGAGGGCGACGUGCCAAAGAACACGUUCUUUAAGUUUUAUAACUACCUGCUUAAUGUGUCCGCCAUAACUCGCUGGACGAUUUAUAUCAUCCCUGUGCUCGGCCUAAUUUGGAUCCCGGGUAUUUUGUCUUUCACUGCAUACCCAGAUGCCACGAUUUGGGGAGUGAGGCUGCUGUGGUGGAGUGUCUGGCUAUCUGUCGUUUGGUGUAGCUGGUGGGGCUCUAGGGUUUUUUCUAUGGUCCUCCCUCAUAUCGCCCGCUUUACGGUCGGAGUAGUGGCUGUCGGAACACACCGCUAUAUCGAGUGGCUCGACCCCCUUCAGAGAUAUGUCACGCUGUUCUCGUGGACUCUUAUUGUCUGGAUCACUUUCCAGCCGCUGAUUAAUACACGACGGGAGGCCGAUAUCAGUACAGACAGCAAGACAGCGCUUUCGACCGCCGCGAAAAUCCUGUUCGCAUUUUUUGAAUGCGCGAUUAUUUUGCUUGCGGAGAAGGUUGCCAUCCAGUAUAUAGCUACCAGAUUCCAUGAGCGGUCAUAUGCCGAGCGCGUAGCGGAGCACAAGUUCGCCAUGCGGGUGCUGGCCAACCUGUACAGGCAUUCCCGUGAUAUGCCGUGGCGCUUGGACACGUUGCAAGGCAACCCCGCAGAUGCAGCUCAUGCGAAGAAGCCGAGGCGGCUUCUGAAGAAGGCUUUACAGGGUGUUCGAUUUGCUGCUACGACGACUACUACCGCUCUAGGCAAUGUUGCUUCUGAGAUUGCUGGAAGUUCUGUCCUGCAACCUAAUUCGCCUCAAGCGGUCGUGAGAACGGUUUUAGAAUCAGCUAAUAAGUCCAGGAUGCUCGCACGGCGACUCUUCUAUUCGUUCGCAAAGCCAGGGUCGAAAGCCAUGACGGUAGAUGACAUUGAGCCGUUUUUCCCCACGCAGGAGGACGCAGAUGCAGCAUUUGCGCUUUUAGACAAGGAUAUGAACGGCGACGCGACGAAAGAGGAGAUUGAGAUCGCCUGCAUGGACUGUCACCGCGAGCUGCUGUCCAUUGAGCAUUCGAUGCGCGAUUUGGACAGCGCGGUCGGACGUCUGGAUAAUAUUCUCAUGAUCGUGUAUUUGUUUGCGGUCAUUCUGAUCAUAGCGGUGGCUUUGGAAGCGCAAUUGCUGACACUUGCGACUACCGCCGGGACCUUCAUCCUGAGUCUGAGCUGGCUCCUAAGUGCGAGUCUCGGUGAGGUGCUCAUAAGCAUCAUCUUUCUCUUCGUGAAGCACCCGUACGACGUUGGGGACAGGGUCAAGAUCGACACUGAGGAGUAUACUGUGAAGGAGAUUCGGCUGCUGAGCACAGUCUUCCUCAAUUCGAGUUCGUGCGCGACGCAGGCGCCGCAUGCGAUCCUGAACACUAAGUUCAUCUUGAAUAGGCGCCGGAGUCCUCAGAUGUCGGAAGAGUUCCAGUUUGACGUCGCUUUCGACACCAGCUUCGACAAGAUAGAGAGAUUGCGUGAGCUAAUGCUCGCGUUCGUUAAGGCGGAGAGCCGGGACUUCCUGCCGAGCUUCGACGUGAUCAUAAUUGAUAUCCCAGAGCAGGAGAAGAUGACGCUGAGCGCCGAUAUCAGAUACAAAAGUAACUGGCAGCAUGGUGCUCUCAAAGCCACCCGGCGCAACAAGUGGAUCACCGCCCUCAAGACAGCCAUGGCGAAGGCGAAGAUAUGGGGACCAAAGGGCGAUCCGGACCCGCCACCGGCCGUCGACAGGGUGACGCUCGUGCCCUGGGAGAAGAUUGCGGAGGAAGAUGAGAAGACGGAAAAAGAGAAGAAAGGGCAGCAGCGGAAAGAGAAGCGCGACUCUGUCACGGUGCAGGAUAUGCAAGCGCCUGCGGCGGACUGGAAUAUGACGGACAAACAAGCGAUUAUCAUGGAUGAUACAGAGAAUAUCUUUGAUGACGCGGGGUCGGCUACGACCCCCUCGACAGCUGUCAGCAGCAGAUCGUCAUCCAGAGAGCGCCGACGACGGCAGCAGAUGCCAGUGUCGACUACGAUGCCCACGCCUUCGGCUCUGUCGACCAGUGCAGGGAGCAGCACCGCUGGCGAAGAGAUUGAGAUGAAGUUGUCGCCUAAGGGUGCACCAUCGACGAGAUGAAUACUGACCAGCUGGGAUGGUCAGAUGAGUUCACUGUGUCUGUGCUGUAUCUGUUUUGCACUUUGCCUCCGCAUGUAGCUCAGUAUGUAUGAGUCUCUCAGAUCGGGUCAUCAGAUAUGACUUGUGUUUCAUGUAUCACUCAACAAUCUGUAUCGCCAAUAUAUAUCGUGUUAGAACGCAUAUAAUCCCAGUAC